CGUGGUUCAAGGUGAAAGGUAACAACAGAGUGCAACAACGCAAGGACGAAACAUGGCAGCAGCCGGCAAGAAAGUCUUCGAGGUUUUCGUUUCAAGAGUACCUUGGACUGUCGCAAGCAAGGAGAUGAAGGAGUACUUCGGACAGUUCGGAAAUGUGAAGAAAUGUCUAAUGCCCUUUGACAAAGAAACCGGAUUUCACCGAGGUUUCUGCUGGGUUGGAUUUUCUUCAGAGGAAGGACUGCAGAACGCACUUCAGAAGGACCCACACGCCAUAGAGGGAUCCAAGCUUCAGGUACAGAGGAACAGAAAGGCUUUCGUUGGCAAGAGGCCUGGUAAAGAAGAGGAAGAAAGCUGAAGUGGAGUACAUGUAUGCAUGUGUUGUCAGUGUAUUUUAUUUGUAUUAUUAUUUUUGAAAGACAAUUGUAUUUAAGACAAGUCAAUUAAAGUAAAACUGUUUAAACUACA